AUGCACAUUAACCGCCCGUCCAUUUUGUUACUCGCAUUUAUUUUGGCUCUUACUCAAUCAACUACAUCCCACCCUAUCCGAACUAGCAAAUGGGUUAAGAUAGAACAAUUCGAAGAUCCCAAUGACCGUGGAAUAUGGAAAGUCUUUGAGAAAGAAGGAUAUCAUGAUCAAUUACCCGACCCACCGCACGUCAAAUACAACGGGAACCCAGCAUGGCCCGCCAACCAAAACAACAAACAAACAGAGCAAGGCACACCAAACGAUCGCUAUAAAACAGGAACUUCCGAAUGGGGAAAACCAACAGUCUCAAUCCUGAUCCCAGCAUCCACAGAAACCCCCGACCAAAUCCACAAGCCCUACAGCCAACAGACGGGAGAAAAGCAAGAAGACUACUCAGAAGAUAAGGAGAGCUCGCUCGACACCCUCGAUGCCCAGAGACAAGGUCACUACAACGAGAUCCUACAAUACCCGCACACAGACGGCGCUAUAAACAAUGAGCAUAAAUACCCUGCGCCUGCAUUCUUUUCCCACACCUCCUCAUCGGGCUGGACCUCUUUCUUUGCAUACCGAUUCCCCUUCCCGACGUUGAGAUCAGAGGCCGUGGCGUCCCCGCAGUAUCCCCUUCCACGAGUAUUUACGACAGUGAUUGUUCUCCUGGUGAUGGUUUGGGUUGCUAUUUUCACCAUUGGGUUGCUUGAAUUGGGGAAUUAUCUUUGGAGACGGAGGGCAGAAACUUUGGGUAGGGAGGAUGUGCAGGGUCGGCAUAGUGAGGAGGAGGAUGCGAGUUUUGAUGAGACGAUGAAGGUGCCGUUAACAAUAGUUCUUGCUCCUUCGGAAGACACCCGGCCGCGCGACGUGGGAGAACGUGGGUAUGGGUUCCUAGAGUCCGUUUCUAGUGACUAUGAGUCGGACUCGGGCUCGGAAUCUGAUGAGGAUGAUUAUCGCAUCUUUUGA